CGCAGCCCCGGCCGGAGCGAGCGGCCCUUUGGAGAAUUACACACAGCUGCUUUGUGACUCGUAUUGGAUUUAAUUAUACAUCCUGAUAAAAGACUGCUUUCAACUAUGGAAUCGAUUUUUCCGCUGGCUUUUAGAGACGGUUGACGACGAAGCGAUGGCAGCAUAAAUGAAGAUCAAGUAAGGAAAGCAGAACGAUGCCCAAGGGUGGGUGUUCUAAAGCACCACAGUUAGAAGAUUUCUCUCUCAGCAACGACAUGGUGGAGAAACAAACUGGGAAAAAGGAUAAAGAUAAAGUUUCUCUAACCAAGACUCCAAAAUUGGACCGGAGUGAUGGAGGGAAAGAAGUAAAAGAAAGAGCUACAAAACGGAAGUUGCCCUUCACUGUUGGAACAAAUGGAGAUCAAAAAGACUCAGAUACAGAAAAGCAGGGUCCUGAGCGGAAGAGGAUUAAAAAGGAGCCCGCCACCAGGAAACCUGGUUUACUGUUUGGAAUGGGGCUAUCUGGAAUUAGAGCAGGUUAUCCACUCUCAGAGCGCCAGCAGGUCGCCCUUCUCAUGCAGAUGACAGCAGAGGAGUCUGCAAAUAGCCCAGUAGACACAACACCAAAGCAUCCCUCUCAGUCUACAGUUUGUCAGAAGGGAACUCCUAACUCUGCCUCCAAAACCAAAGAUAAAGUAAAUAAGAGAAAUGAGCGUGGAGAAACUCGACUGCAUCGAGCUGCCAUCAGAGGAGAUGCCCGGCGCAUCAAGGAGCUCAUCAACGAGGGAGCCGAUGUCAACGUGAAAGACUUUGCAGGCUGGACAGCAUUGCAUGAGGCAUGUAACCGAGGUUACUAUGAUGUUGCAAAGCAGUUGCUCGCUGCAGGUGCUGAAGUCAACACCAAGGGGCUGGAUGAUGACACCCCGCUGCAUGACGCGGCCAAUAAUGGUCACUACAAGGUGGUGAAGUUAUUGUUACGAUAUGGAGGGAAUCCUCAUCAGAGUAACAGGAAGGGAGAAACGCCUUUGAAAGUAGCCAAUUCUCCAACUAUGGUGAAUCUCCUACUGGGGAAGGGUACAUAUACCUCCAGUGAAGAGAGCUCAACAGAGAGUUCAGAAGAAGAAGAUGCCCCGUCGUUCGCACCUUCCAGCUCAGUUGAUGGCAAUAACACGGACUCUGAAUUUGAAAAAGGCCUGAAGCAUAAGGCCAAGAAUCAGGAGCCACCAAAAACAGUUACCCCGGUGAAGGACGAAUAUGAAUUUGAUGAGGAUGAUGAACAAGAUCGAGUUCCUCCAGUUGAUGACAAGCAUUUACUGAAAAAGGAUUACAGAAAAGAAACGAAAUCAAAUAGUUUUAUAUCUAUUCCCAAAAUGGAAGUUAAAACAUAUACUAAAAAUAAUACAAUUGCACCAAAGAAAGCUGCCCAUCGCAUCCUUUCAGACACCUCAGAUGAUGAGGAUGCAAGUGUCACUGUGGGCACUGGAGAGAAACUAAGACUUUCAGCUCAUUCUGUAUUGCCCAGUAACAAGACACGAGAGUCAUCUAACAUCAAGCAACAGAAAGAGAAAAAUAAAGUUAAAAAGAAGCGGAAGAAAGAGACAAAAGGCAAGGAAGUUCGAUUUGGCAAAAAAAAUGACAAAUUUUGCUCUUCAGAGUCAGAGAGUGAGAAUUUGGAGAGUGAUGAGGAUGAUAGAGACUCUGUUGAAAGUUCCAAUUGUAUCAAGGACUCCACUAUCGUGCUAAAGGAACCCUCACUUUUCAGCUCACUCUCUGCCUCAUCCACUUCUUCUCAUGGAAGUUUAGCAUCCCAGAAACAUAACUCGAAUCUUGCAGAACAGCACUCCAAGCAUUGGAGAACAGAUAAUUGGAAAACCAUUUCUUCUCCAGCUUGGUCAGACGUCAGUUCCUUAUCGGACUCUACAAGGACAAGGCUGACAAGUGAGUCUGAUUAUACAUCUGAAGACUCCAGCUUGGCAUCAUUAAAACCGGUUAGAAAGAAACAGGAACACAAAAAGAAAAAUACUCCACAUAAUACUGUAUCUGAAAAGAAGAACUCAUUCCAUUCCAAUGUGGAUGGAGCAAUUCCAAAACUAGAUAAAGAGGGGAAAGUUGUUAAAAAGCAUAAAACAAAACAUAAACACAAAAACAAAGAGAAAGGACAAUGUUCAAACAAUCAAGAUAUUAAAAUGAAAAGCUUUCCUUAUGAUUAUGAGGACUCUAAGCAAAAGUCAGAUAAGGCCUUAAUUGUUGAUAGUGAAAAUCCAAUUGAAAACAAAUUAAAAGUACUAAAGCAUGAUAGAGAACAUUUCAAGAAAGAAGAGAAAAUAAUCAAAACCAAGUCUGAGGAAAAGGAAUGGUUGUUUAAAGAUGAGAUAAUAAAAGUCUCCAAAGAAGAGAAAUCACUAAAAAGAGUCAAAGAGGGGAACAAAGAACUCAGUAAAGCUUUCAGAGAGGAGAAAGACCGAUCAAGUAAAACUGAAAAGGAGAAAUCAGUAAAGGAGAAGUCUCCAAAAGAGGAGAAACUUAGAAUUCACAAGGAGGAACGAAAGAAAAAAUCAAAAGACAAGCAAUCAAAGUCAGAAAAGAAAAAUGACAUGAAAGAGGAGAAAAUUUCCAAAUCUGAGAAAGAGAAGCCUUUUAAAGAAGAUAAAGAAAAAUUUAAAAAAGAAAAAGUUUAUAGGGAAGAACCUGGUUUUGAUGAAUUUUGUAAUAAAAGUCAGUUUUUAGAGAAUGAAGAUAGCAAAUUCAGCCUUUCUGAUGAUCAGCAAGAGAGGUGGUUUUCUGAUUUAUCUGACUCAUCAUUUGAUUUCAAAGGAGAAGAUAGUUGGGAUUCCCCAGUGACAGACUAUAGGGAGAUAAAAAAUGACUCAGUAGCAAAACUAAUCUUGGAAACAGUGAAGGAGGAAACAAAGGAAAAGAAGAGGGAUAACAAAAGUAAAGAAAAGAGAGAAUAUAAUGAAAAACGUAAUGAAAAAGACUGUUUCUUUAAAAAGAAAGACAGAGACUAUUUGGAAAAAACCUCUGAAAAAAAGAAAGACCCAACUGAGAAACACAAAAGUAUUUCCAGUUACUUGUCAGAAAAGGAGAAAAGGAGGAAAGAUUCUGCAGAUGGUAUUAAAGACCGAAAAGAAAAAGAUGUAGGUGAUAGCUGCAAAGAGAGAAAAGACUCAUUUGAUAGUUCUAAAGACAGAAAAGAUGCCAAGGUUAAACAAGAGGAAACCUACAGAGAUGACCUUAAAGAAUAUGGUUGUGAAAAUUUUUUUAAGGACAAAUUAGAUUCAGAUUUUGGAAAAAAUCUAGAGACUUGGGAAAGACAUCAUUCAGGGAAAGAAAAGGAUAAAAAAGAUACUACUGAUAAGGACAAAAAAGAGAAGCUGAAAUCAGAUAAAUAUAAAGAAAAAUCUAAAGAAAUAGACAAAGAAAAAAAUGAAAAAUCCGUCCUUGAAAAAAAUCAGAAAGACAAAGAGUCAGAUAAAUGUUUUAAAGAGAAAAAAGAGACAAAGGACAAAUACAAGGAUUUGCACAACAAAGACAAAGAAAGGAAGGCUUCCCUUGAUCAAAUUAAAGAAAAGAAAGACAAAAAUUUCUCAGGAACCAUUUCAGAGGACUUUGCUGAAAAAAGAGACGAAAAAAAGACUAAAGAUAAAAGCUGGUACAUUGCAGAUAUUUUCACAGAUGAAAGUGAAGAUGAGAAAGAGGAGUAUAGUACAGGUGGAUUCAAAAUUGGGGAUGCUAUUGGCAGUGAGGUGCCAAGAGUGGAGAAUGUACAAGAAAAAGACGAGGAGAAAGAACCUUACACCUCAGAGAAACACCGGAAAUAUUCUUCAGAUAAGCAACACUCUGGAGAAAAGCAGAAAGAUAAAGAAUCCAAGGAGAAGAAAAAGGAAAAGGGAUUAACAGAAGGAGGAAAAGAUAAAAAAGAAAAAAACUUUGAAAAACACAAAGAGAAGAAAGAUAAAGAUUCUAUUGAAAAAUAUAAGGAUAGAAAAGAUAGAACUUCUGUUGACUCUAUCCAAGAAAAGAAAAGUAAGCAAAAAAUUCCUGAAAAGGUUGAAAGGAAACACUCUACUGAUGACAAGGUUAAAAACAAACAUAAAGAAAAGCCAGAUAAAGAACAUUCCAAAGAGAGGAAAUCUUCAAAAGGGGGCGAUAUGGAGAAAAGCUUGUUGGAGAAGUUGGAAGAAGAAGCCCUCAAUGAAUAUAGAGAUGACUCUAAUGAUAAGAUAAGUGAGCUCUCGUCUGACAGCUUUACAGACAGAGGGCAAGAUCCAGGCAUGAGCAGUCUCCUUGAAUCAUCAUUCACAGAGCCUGCUGAGGACAAGUUUAAGGAUUCUAUUCCCUUUCCUUCCCUACAAGAUAAACUGAAAGAAAAGGAGCGACACAGGCAUUCCUCAUCUUCAUCAAAGAAAAGUCAUGAAAGGGAAAAAGCCAAGAAAGAGAAGUCUGAGAAAAAAGAAAAAAGUGAUGAUUUUAAGGACAGUAGAAAAGAAUCAUCCCAGUAUGAAAAAGACUUCUCCCUGGAUGGCGAUGCUUUUGGCAUGUCAUAUAACAUGAAAGCAGACGUAGAAGAUGAAUUAGACAAAACUAUUGAAUUUUUCUCAACUGAAAAGAAAGACAAAAAUGAUUCUGAGAGGGAACUUUCCAAGAAAUCAGAAAAAGAAAAAGUUUAUGCUUCAAAUUCCAUCAGUUCAACUAAAGAGAAGAAGAAAAGAGAUAAACAUCGAGAAAAAUGGAAAGAUGAAAAAGAGAAACACAGAGAAAAACACACGGAUGGAUUUUUUAAGCAUCAUAAGGAUGAGCAGAAGUCUGUGACUAAAGAGAAGGACAGCACUCAAGUGAAUGCUUUCAAAGAUAAAUCAAAAGAUGAAAGUAUCAAGCUUAGUGAAAGCAGAUUAAAAGAGAAGGAAAAGUCUGACUCAUUGAAAAUUAGUAAUGGAAAUGAUAAAAUUCCUCCAUCCAAAGACACAGGAAAGAAGGAUACCAGACCCAGAGAAAAACUCUUGGGAGAUGGUGACCUGAUGAUGACAAGUUUUGAGAGGAUGCUGUGCCAAAAAGACCUGGAGAUAGAGGAGCGUCACAAGAGGCACAAAGAACGGAUGAAGCAGAUGGAGAAGAUGAGGCACCGGUCUGGGGACCCUAAACUGAAAGAUAAGGCGAAGUCCUCAGAGGAGGUGAGAAAGAGGAGUCUAGACCUGCCUUCCAAAAAACCUCUGGGAGUGGACUCUCAGCUUAAAGAGAAAAAGAUGAAGGAGUUAGGCCCCCUGGCUCCUGUGCUGUCAGCGGAAAGCAAGCCCCACCCUGCUGUGGGCACUGACUCUAAAGACUGGCUGGCCGGUCCUCACAUGAAGGAAAUCUUGCCUGCUUCCCCACGACCAGACCAGAGUCGUCCCACGGGGGUUCCGGCUCCCGCCUCUGUGGUUUCCUGCCCUAGUUAUGAGGAGGUGAUGCAGACUCCCAGAACGCCAUCGUGCAGCAAUGAAGAUUACACUGAUCUGAUGUUUGACUGUGCUGAUUCUCAGCAUUCUAUCCCUGUCUCUACUAUGUCAAUGAACGCAUGCUCACCAUCCUUUUUUGACAGAUACACAAAUACUUCUGGUGGGCUUCCUGAAAACCCAGGUCAGACUCCUACCAGGACUCUCCCCGCAAACCUUUAUCGUUCAAUCUCUGUGGAUAUCCGGAGAACCCCUGAAGAGGAAUUCACUGUUGGGGAUAAGUUUUUCAGACAGCAGAGUGUGCCUGCUACAUCAAAUUAUGAUUCGCCAGUGCAACAUUUAAUGGAAGAAAAGGUUCCUUUGCCAUCUGUUCCUGCAGAAAAGUUUCCAUGUUUGUCUCCCGGGUACUAUUCUCCAGAUUAUGGGAUUCCUUCACCUAAAGUUGAAACAUUACAUUGUACAUCAGCGGCUAUUGGAAAUGUUGCCCCAUCUCCUGAAAGUGUCUUCUCUGGUUUGCAGGCAAAAUCUUCUCCUUCUCAUAGAGAUGAGCUUUUGGCCCCAUCUAUAGAAAGUGCCCUUCCCCCCGAUCUGGGCAUCCCUUUGGAUGCCACAGAAGACCAACAAGCCACUGCUGCUAUUAUUCCCCCAGAGCCUAGCUAUCUGCAGCCGAUUGAGGAGGGCCCCUUUAAUGCUGUUAUUUCAGAGGAGGAUAAUACAGACUGGGCAAACCCUCCCAGAAACUCGGAGCAACCUAUUACUCAGAGCUUAAUUGGAACUUCCUCUGAAACCCCUGUAAAUUGGGCAGUAGGGACUGAACUUCUGAUUAAAUCCCCACAGAGAUAUGCAGAGUCUCCCAAACCUUUCUGUUCUUCAGAUCCCAUGCAUCCAGCUCCUGUGCCGUUUAUACCUUCUGAUUCUCCUUACCCAGUUUCUCCUAUUUCAUACCCCUUGUCUGUGUCUGAACCAGGUCUUAAUGAUGUAAAGGAAGUUGCUGAAGAAGCAAUUUCAGGAGAAAUAACAACGUCGGAGGAACAGACUUCUUACAUGCCCCCUUCUAGGCUAGACUCCUUCUUUACUAGCUGUAAGCCUCUUCCAGAAGAAACACCUGAGAUCGUUCAAGAAUCCACAUGCAUACCAACAGUAACUCAGGUCGAAGCUCUAGGCUCCCUGGAGAACAACUUUUUAGAAAAUAACAUUUCUGUCAUAAAUCAAGAAGAACCAGUGGCAUGGCCUGACCCUUUCACAAAUGCAGAAGAUGACUUAGAUCUGGGUCCUUUUUCUUUACCAGAACUUCCACUUCAAACUAAAGACGUCCCAGGUGCUGAAAUGACUGAAGCAGAACCUGUGGGAGAGAGCCCUGUUGUUGCCUCCGAAAGUACAAAUCCUGGAGACCCAGGAGCCUUCAGUGGGAACCUUUCUUUAUUAGCAGCAGAUGAGCAGGAGGGGGUGCCCUCUAGCCAGGCAGCUGCCCUCCUGCCUGUGGUGCCAGGGCCAGAACCUGAGGAACCAAAGCCAGAAGCCAUUUCUGUGGAAGCUGCUGCGGAGGCAGGGAGCGUCCCCGAGGAGAAGACUUCUGAACAAUUGGAGCCCCACUCUUUUCAGCCGGUGGCAUCUGCUGAACUUCCUCCUCAGACGGGUGACCAAGAAAGGGAAACAAAUCCUGAAGGCUCCUUUGUCUCAAACCGUACAUUGGAGAGUUGUGCUGAGAAUAACUUAAGCCAAGCAAGUGUCGAUGGUACCAGCACUCAAGAAGAUGUGGGAAGCACCGUAGGUCAGACGGCUUCUUCCCAGGCGGAACCACCCCAAGGCAACGCCCAGCCAGAAGCUACAGAAUCGGUACCCAAACCGAUACCUGAAGUUCCAAAACCUCCCAAAGUAGAAGAAAUUCCUCAGCGAAUCACCAGGAACCGUGCUCAGAUGCUAGCCAAUCAAAACAAACAGAACACCUCCCCCUCGGAAAAAGAAUUUCCACCAGUUUCUACUCCUUCUACAAGAGCAAAAGGGCGAGUCACAGAAGAAGAUGAUUCUCAAGCCCAACACCCCCGAAAACGUCGUUUCCAACGCUCCAACCAACAGCUGCAGCAGCAAAUUAAUACAUCUACCCAGCAAACGAGGGAAAUGAUACAGCAAACAUUGGCAGCCAUCGUAGAUGCUAUAAAACUGGAUGACAUUGAACCCUAUCACAGUGAUAGGUCAAACCCAUAUUUUGAAUACCUUCAGAUCAGGAAAAAGAUUGAGGAAAAGCGGAAAAUUCUCUGCUACAUCACUCCCCAGGCCCCCCAGUGUUAUGCUGAAUACGUCACUUACACGGGUUCUUACCUGUUGGACGGCAAGCCUCUCAGCAAGCUUCACAUUCCAGUGAUUGCUCCACCUCCAUCUCUGGCAGAACCGCUGAAGGAAUUAUUUAAGCAGCAGGAAACUGUAAGGGGAAAACUCCGUCUCCAGCACAGCAUAGAGCGAGAAAAGCUGAUUGUUUCAUGUGAACAGGAGAUUUUGCGGGUUCACUGUCGAGCAGCGCGGACAAUAGCUAACCAGGCUGUCCCAUUCAGUGCCUGUACCAUGCUGCUGGACUCUGAAGUCUACAACAUGCCCCUGGAAAGUCAGGGGGACGAAAAUAAGUCAGUGAGAGAUCGUUUCAAUGCUCGACAGUUCAUUUCCUGGUUACAGGAUGUAGAUGACAAAUACGACCGGAUGAAGACAUGUCUGUUGAUGCGACAACAACACGAAGCAGCAGCUCUCAACGCGGUGCAGAGGAUGGAGUGGCAGCUGAAGGUCCAGGAGCUGGACCCUGCAGGGCACAAAUCUCUCUGUGUGAAUGAGGUGCCGUCCUUCUAUGUGCCAAUGGUCGAUGUCAACGAUGACUUUGUGCUCUUGCCAGCAUGACAAGACCAGAUCCCAAGACAGUCUCACAGGAAACUGGCAAAGGCAGGAGCCUUCCUGGACGAAUGGCUGAGCUCCUGUUCAUCCCGAAUGCUUGUUGAUGAAUCCCUGGGUGGAAGGAAGAAACAUCUCUCGGGGGUGGGGGGGUGGGGGAGAGGGAGCGAGAGAACAGUUGCACUUUCUUCACAACGUCUCCACCACUUCUGGACUGAUGGCAGGCACCCAGCCACAGAAGUGGGAAAUGCAUCUCUUGUAUGAACCAGGUGCUUCAGCGGAGGGUGAAAAGCUUGCACACUACGCGAGUCUGACUAAACAGCAACACAGCAGAGGGCCUGGACGGGCUCGAGGCUGCCCUGCCACCAUCUGUGUAGCCGGAGCUGCUGAGCAGGGGCCAGGAGUCAUAGAGGUUUCCAUCUUUGUGGAAAUGGCAAUUUUCAGAUCUGUGUUUUCCAUUCAGCUGCAGAUUCAUUUCAGAGAAGUUGCAGAAGAGAAUUCAUUUUUUUAAGUUUCUCGUUCCAUGCGGAUCUAAUAGAAAAAAAUUAAGUAAAAGGCACCCGACCACCUUUCAUGGACAAAAAUGUAGUGGGGUGGAGCCAAUGGACUUCCAAGUCUAAGGAUGCUUUCCAGCUAAAAUCCCAGGGCAGCCACUGGUCCCCGUUUUUUCAGACAGCUGGGCUGUGGACGCUUGUGUGGAGCGAGGGCCCAGGCAGUGCCAUCUGACCCCUCCAGAAGUUGGGGGGCAAGUGGUGACCCAGAGCUAGGACUCUGCCAAUUGUGUUUUUAAUGGAGUCAAAUCCAUGUGGUUUAUAUAUUUUUUCCUUUAAUCUUGGGCAUUUUGUUUCUCUUUCUGAGAACAUAACUUGAAAACACUACAGAGCCAAUACUCAUAUAAAAAUGUAUCCCAUAAAUGCUGUACAGUUUUUAUAUACAUUAACAAUGUACUUUUGCUGCCUUCUAGAUAAUUUAUUUUGCAACACAUUACUGCACAGUUGUAAAUAACUUAUGUACUGUAACAUCACUUUCAGUUAUGUGUAAAGAAAUAAAUAAAUUAAUUAAAAUUAUCUUUGUAUAUGUAUAGUUCACAUUAGGCAGCACUUUCCCUUUCAAGGAAACAGAAGGGCCAAAAUGGCAUGCAACAUUCAGUAUUCUGAAGCCUGUCUUCUAACCAAAAGAAAGACAAGAUAACUCCACUCGGAAUUUGCAUUCUUCUCUUUCUCAAAAUAUUAACACCCCCCCCCUUUUUUUUUUCUCCUUUCUUCCCUGUCCUUUAAGUUAGGACACGUAGCAAAACUCCCUGCCCGCAUGGUCCAGCUGGUAAUGUGUUUCACCGGGCUUGUGCCGGGGUCCUUCUCUCUUCAGGAGGCUGGGGGUGGUAGAGAGGCAAUGAAAGAAAUCUGGUCCGACUCGGAGAGGCCUAGAAGAGAAGUCUGUCAUCACUCUUGCUUUAAGAUGAGCUUCCUGCCCUAGGUCAAGGGGGACUCAUUCAAACUCUCCUGCAUGAGGGAGGAGCUGAGCUUCCUUAGAACUGUAGGAAACAGUCUUAUUUUUCUGGUGGAAAAGAUGUUGUUCCAUUAGAGAGCAUGAAAAGUAAUUUAUCACAGGAGGAAAUCUUAGCAGUUUAUGGAAGAAGUGACCUCGAGUCCAUGAUGGGGGAAAAUUGGGAGCCCUCUGGCAGCCCAGGACAAUCCAUUCCCAGCUUUGGGCCACUUUGGGGACAUCUGCUGUUCUUUCUGUAGUUCCUCCCGUGUUCCGCAGAGACAAGGCCUUAUUUGGAAGAAGCUUGUCUAUUUCACUCAUCGAGCUCUAUCCAAAAGCAGUGUGCAGGAAGGAGAAGUGGCCUUGCUGGCAUUUUUACCUAUUGGUCACGUUUCUCUUCUAGGGCCACUCGGGUGUUAAGGGCAGUGUGGAGAAGGGAAAAGGGGGUACAGCAGAAAGGGCUUUCAUCCACACUGACGAGAACAGCAGCGUCCCAGAGGCAGAGACGCUCCCUGCUGCCUGUUCAAUGUCACUUCGGUUGAGCUCCUUGAUUUUACCUAGAAGUCAGACACAAGGCAUGAAGGUUUCUGUUUCAGAAGUUGCCUUGGGGGGAAGGGGAAGGGUAGAGAGAUCCAUGUGGACAAAGGAGGUGUCUUUUUGCCUUCUUGCUUGUCUGGAGGGGGGCGUAGCCCAUUACCAACUAGAGCUUACUUGGAGUGGAACCUCUUGUUCUGUGGUGGCGUGAGGACUGCUGGGGACAGCUAAGCAAUGGACUUCAGAUGAGGGAAUUGAGGGAAGGAAAGGGUUCAGAAGUGAAAGAAAGCUUUCCUCUGGGGCUCCUGCUUCGUUGGAGGGCAGAGCAUGUGCCUUGAGUUUCUUUCUGAGACAGUAAGUCCUACUACAGAGAAAAUGCGAAGGGCCCCCAAGAAAGCAGUAGAAUGGAAUCUGACUGAGUAGCUAGCUAGGCCCAGCUAUUCUGCAGAGAUGUGUAGGUUAUGGUUUGGCUCAACAGGAUCAUACUGCUCUGAUGAAGGCGCCCAUCCUCAGAAGAGCAGUGGGGUGAGGUGAAAUUCCAAGCAAAGAUGAAUAGUGGAAACAGAUUUUAAGUACUUUAUUGUUUUUGUUUGUUUUAAUGAAUCCAGGCACCCUAUCCCCAAUGUGCCCUCCCUAUUUAUUAUUUAUAAAUCAGCUUCAAUUUAGGAAAUUCCUAAGAUGAGAUAUCUGUUCAACUCUCUCCCUCCACCUCCUGCCCCCCAAACAAGCUAGUUGCAUGACAGUUGAGACAUUGGGCCUCCAGAAAUGUGCCCAGAAAUGUGUGCAAAGAGACAUUUGGUGCUGUAUAAAUGGUGACUUGAAAUUAUUGUUAUGCUGUAUGCUCUUGACAUGUUGAAAAGAAGUCCAACUUUAUCAGCAUUUUAAAGUGUUUUCAAUUGUUUUAUUUGUCUGGCGUCUUCUGUUCCUGUGCUGAUGUCCCUGAAUGCUAAAGAGGAGGAAAUCUGAGAAACAAAUGGACUCCUUUCUCUGCCUAGUCACCUCUCCUUUCCACCCACACUCCAGGGAUCAAGCAUCAGAUUCCUGGGGUUCUAGGAAUUACACACGUGUUUGGGAAAGCGGAGAGGAAGGUCUUGGUACAGCAGUGAAAAGAGGCAGCCUAGAUUGAGACCAGCUCUUCCCAAAGAAUGAGUCAAAACCUGUUCACUCUUUCGGAAGAGUUAGCAUCAACUGCAAGGCACUGUAGGAAGAGCAAUGUGGAAUUAGGGGUAGGUUAUUUGGUGGGAGAGGAUUUCAAAAAAGAACUUUAGAAUAAUUUUUAUAGUCUAUGGCGGGGGAGGGGGAGGAGGAGACGGAGACGGGAAGAAGAAUCUGGCAAGUGAAAAGAGGCUUGUUCAUUUACCUUGGUUAGCCCUACUGCGUGAGCCCUUUCAAGCAAGUGGCCGCCUGCUUUCUUCCCCCACCCGUCCAAGCCCUGCUUAGAGAUAAUAGAAUUCCUGGCUUUGGACGGGACAGCUUCUAGAUCUCCAGGCUCUGAGGAGGUGGGGGGAGGACAAAGAACACCGCCAGCCUCCUCUACAUGGGGAACAGCCAGGGCGGCGAUCAGACUUAUCUGCUUUUGUGUACGGCAAGGAGUUUGCUAUGAAUCUGCUCGGACUUUUCCUUUUUCUUCUGAACAUCUAUGGUUAUCCUGCCAGGAAUGUUUUGUUUGUGGGUGCUACGCACAGCCCCCUUCCCAAUAUGCCCCCAGCCUUGUUCAAGUGGACAGUGCACGAUGAGGAUGCGAUUCUGUAUGCGCUGUAAUGUCACUUUGCUCGUAGUGGAAUGUAAUGAUACCCCCUCACUUCAGUAUUUUUGAGCUUCAUGGAUGUAUUACAACUUUUCCUUCCCAUCUUGACUCUUUAGGUCCUUAUCCGGCCACCGUUACCCCCCUUCUCUCCCCUCCCCCCUUUUUUCUUUUAAUCUAAAUCAACCGGUUCAGAGGCUGGUUUUCCUCCACGUCAAAGGGCCAGUACAGAUUUAUUUCCAGGGCUGGAGGAAGAAGUGGGGAAAAGAAAUGUUUAACAUAUAUUCAGGAGUGACCUAGGUUAUGUUUUUCUCCCCCCUCUUCCUCCCCCCUUCUAUAAAGGGAGUACCAAAUUAUGGUCAGAUAUCUUUCAAGCCCUGUUUUUUUUUUUUCCGUUUUGGUUAAAUAACCACAAAUUAAUCUGUAUAAGCAUGGAGAGUCCUUUUAAUCAACAAUUUCAAGCAACAAUAGCAAAAGUAAUGUAUUACCUUUGACCCAUGUGCUUUGUGGAUUUCCCCCGCCCUGGACAGUGUAAAUUUCUCUCCUUGUAAUGCUUCUGAGACAGUGUAUAUAGAUGUAAAUAGCUCACAGGUCAAUUCACACCCUUCUCUUUGUACUAGGUCCAUUUGCGUAGAAUGUGGGGUUAAAACAGCAGCGACAGUGCAUUGUCUGUAAUGUAACAAUGUAAUUUUUUUUUUACAAUGUAGUUUGUGUACAUAUUGUUUGGCAGUGCUGGUGCUGCCUCGGCUGCAGCUCUGCCGCUACAGUACUGUCAUUAGCUGUACAACUUCCUGCAGAAAGAGACAAAGUGAAUACAAAUGUUAUUUUCUACAGUUGCAUGUACAGAGAUGAGCGCCAGAGACAUGCUGUUGUCCCUCAGAGAUAAUGUUCGUAAAUAAAUUUUAAAAAAACAA